GGGCCAUGGUGCUCUCGGGCGCAGGGAAGGUCUUCACCACAGGCCUGGACCUGCUGGAGAUGGGCCCCGAGCUGCUGGCAGGGGAGCAGGAGGAUGCUGCCCUCAGGGCCUGGGCACUGCGCCACAAGGUCCUGCAGUACCAGGAGGCCUUCUCCGUGCUGGAAAAGUGCCCCAAGCCUGUGAUCGCUGCCGUCCAUGGUGCCUGCGUUGGCGCAGGUGUUGACCUCAUCUCUGCCUGUGACAUUCGCUACUGUGCCCAGGGCUCCUGGUUCCAGAUCAAGGAGGUGGACAUUGGCCUGGCCGCUGACGUUGGCACCUUGCAGCGCCUGCCCGAGAUCGUGGGCAACCAGAGCCUGGUCAAAGAGUUGGCAUUCACCGCCCGCAAGAUGCCAGCCCCUGAAGCCCUGAGCUGUGGCCUCGUCAGCCGAGUGCUGCCCGACAAUGUGGCACUGCUGGAGGCAGCCCUGGAGGUGGCAUCGGAGAUCACCAGCAAGAGCCCCGUGGCAGUGCAGGGCACCAAAGUCAAUUUAGAGUUAUUUUACACUGAUGUAUAUAUCUUAAAAGGUUAA